AUGCAGAAGGGCCUGGGAGACAACGACAUCCUCCCUCCAGAUGUGCAGCGCCAGCAAUUCAGGCAGUUUUACUACCAGGAGGCCGAGGGCCCCCGAGAGGUCUGCAGCCAACUCCACUAUCUUUGCAGUCAGUGGCUGAAGCCGGAAAGGCACAACAAGAAGGAGAUGCUGGACCUGGUGCAGGAGAGGAUGGCGCAGGAGCGUUACCAUGGAGCAACCUUUCCAGGUGAUGCCAUCAAACCUAUAAUGGAGAAUCAUGAUGGAGGAAAAGUGGCUUCUGUGCAGCCAGAUUGGAGGGACUUCUGCUUCCCCAACCUGAUUCCAUAUCCCCAGUGGAAGAAGCGGGAGAUCCACUUGUCCAAGACGCAGAAGAACCAGAAGGAUCAGCAGUGCUUGCAGUGUGGGAGAAGCUUUGCUGCCCAUUCAAGCCUUACUAUCCAUCAGCGUAUCCACAAUGGGGAGAAACCUUAUAAAUGCUUAGAGUGUGGAAAGGCCUUUGCUUCGAGUUCAAAUCUUAAUGUCCAUCAGCGUAUCCACACUGGGGAGAAACCUUAUAAAUGCUUGCAGUGUGGAAAGAGCUUUGCUGUCUGUUCAUACCUUACUAUCCAUCAGCGUAUCCACACUGGGGAGAAACCUUAUAAAUGCUUGGAGUGUGGAAAGAGCUUUGCUUUGAGUUCAGAGCUUACUAUCCAUCAGCGUAUCCACACUGGGGAGAAACCUUAUAAAUGCUUGCAGUGUGGAAAGAGCUUUGCUGUCUGUUCAAACCUUACUAUCCAUCAGCGUAUCCACACUGGCGAGAAACCUUAUAAAUGCUUGCAGUGUGGAAAGGCCUUUUCCUCGAAUUCAGAACUCAUUGUCCAUCAACGUAUCCACACUGGGGAGAAACCUUAUAAAUGCUUGCAGUGUGGAAAGAGCUUUGCUAGGCGUUCAUGCCUUACUAUCCACCAGCAUAUCCACACUGGAGAGAAACCGUAUAAAUGUUUGCAGUGUGGAAAGAACUUUGCUUUGAGUUCAGAGCUUACUAUCCAUCAGCGUAUCCACACUGGGGAGAAACCUUAUAAAUGCUUGCAGUGUGGAAAGAGCUUUGCUCGGCGUACAAGCCUGACUAACCACCAGCGUAUCCACACUGGGGAGAAACCUUAUAAAUGCUUGCAGUGUGGAAAGAGCUUUGCUGUCUGUUCAAACCUUACUAUCCAUCAGCGUAUCCACACUGGGGAGAAACCUUAUAAAUGCAUGCAGUGUGGAAAGGCCUUUACUUCAAGUUCAGACCUUACUAUCCACCAGCGUAUCCACACUGGGGAGAAACCUUAUAAAUGCUUGGAGUGUGGAAAGAGCUUUACUCUGUGUUCAAAGCUUACUACCCAUCAGCGUAUCCACACUGGGGAGAAACCUUAUAAAUGCUUACAGUGUGGAAAGAGCUUUGCUUGGCGCUCAAGCCUUACUAUCCACCAGCGUACCCACACUGGAGAGAAGCUAUAA